AAUGUUUGUACCAUAUAAACAAACACUGAGUUGAAUAAAGCGCGCUAAACAUAGUUUUUCAUCUUCAUCCAAGCACCUCGUACCAAUCUAAGAUGGUCGAGUUAAUAUUCCAUUUAAUCUUUCUAUAUACUAAACAUUUAAAAAUACAUACAAACUACUUAUUUUUUAACUACCCAAUGAGAAACGAUUCACUAUGUAUCGGUGCUGGCUUGAACUUUGGUUAUAUUGUAGAUAACCUUAACCAUUGAAUUUUAAUCAAACGAGAUGUUUCCACAAAGUAGUUUUCGAUAAAAUCUGUUCGUUGCAACUAUGUCUACUCUGGUAAUAAUGUUAUUAAUAUUAUUAAUAGCUGUUCUAGCUUAUCUGAUAAUAUUUUUCAAAUUCGGUUAUGUAUAUUGUGACAGUAAAGUAUGUUUAGUGGGAAAAACGGCCUUGGUGACAGGGGGAAGUUCUGGUAUUGGUUAUGAACUAGCAUUACAACUAGCCUCAAGAGGUUGUAAAGUGAUAAUAGCUGAUAAAAUAGUCAAAGAAGAAAUUAAAACAUCAAUUAUCAAUGAAACUCAUAAUCCGAAUAUCAAAUUGGAAUAUGUAGAUUUUGGUUCAUUCCAAUCUAUAAGGAAUUUCGCUGAAAAAUUGAAAAUUACCGAGGAUAAAUUGGAUAUAUUAAUGAACAAUGUUGGUAUUGGUAAAGCACCGGAACGUCCAAGUGAAGAUGGUUUGAAUUUGACCAUGCAAAUUAAUCACUACAGCCCUUUCUUAUUAACACAUUUACUGAUAGAUCUUUUAAAGAAUUCUUCUGAUGCUAGAAUAGUUUUUACAACUUCGUCGGCAAGUUUUUUGCACGUAAUGACACCCGAUUCCGUCACCAACGAUAACAUCAAAUUAUCAAAAUAUCGAAUGAACGAUUAUUCUUGUGCAAAGUUUUGCACGGUCGUUUCUUCGGACAUAUUCGCGGAAAAAUUGAAGAAAUACAACAUUUCUUGUAACACUUACCAUCCCGGCGUUGCCAAAACGACAUUUUUCGAAAACACGUUACGAAACGUGAACACUUACAGCUUCACGGAUUGGUGGGCGUAUUGGCAUAUUAUGUUUCUCAAAGUUUUCGUCGGAGUGACUCCUAGACAAGCUUCACAGGCAGCUAUGAAACUGGCGGUUUCGAAUGAAUUUAAAAAUGUUACUGGUUUAUUUUAUGGGAAGUAUCUGCCCAAUUUGCGACCCAAAUUAGCUGACAACAAAGAUUUUUGCCGGAGAAUUUGGAGUGUUUCUGAAAAGGUCGUCGGACUCAAAGCAAACGAAAAAUUGUAAUCAUAUCAUUUUAUUUUUAUAUUAUAACAUUUUCCAAUAUAAAUUUCCUUGAUUCCUUUGCUAUAAAGAUGGGAAAUCUCUACUUUAUGAAUUAAAUUGAGGUUAUGUUUGAAAUUCUUCGAUCAAACGAAAUAGAACGUUCGGGUUUUAAGGCUACAUUUUGGAUCGUAAAAAAAAUUUUAUUUUUUGAAAAUGCAGCGAUAGGAAACUGUGGACUUGGCGUGAGUGUAUUGAAAGUAAUAUAACUGUCAAAUAUAUGGAUAAUUUUGACAGAUGACAUGAAAAACAUGGCGGAAAUUAAACAUAUAAUCAUCGUAUAACCUCUAAAAUCACUUGCGUCAAAACAUCCACGUUCUUUUUACUUCAAUGUUGAAUAACUUUGAAAAGCGCAUUAAAUUUCCUUCAAAAUGA